GUUUAUAUAAGAGUUAUCACUUUCUUUCUGCUUACAGUUCGUUUUGAACUUCAAUCAAGCGAUGGAUAUCAUUCCCAAUGAACCAUUGCCGACGCCGGUAUUCAUUCCCGACAAUCUCAUCGCCGAAAUCCUAUCAUUCCUUAAUGUCAAAUCCAUCCUGCAAUUCAAAUGCGUCAACAAAUCAUGGAACACUCUCAUCUCUGAUCCAACCUUCAUCCAAAUGCAUCUUAAAAAAUCACCACAAAACCCUCACCUCGCUAUAUUUUGGAAUCACCUCGACCAUUAUAAAGUCGUACCCUUCCCCUUUCAUCGUUUACUCCAAAAUCCAUCCAUCAAACUUGACACCGACAAUUUAUACCCUCUGAACGACUUCUCCCAAUUCAAGUUGGUUGGUUCUUGCAACGGAUUGCUCUGUUUGUUUUUCAGUAAAACCAAAUAUUUUCCCAAUGAAACUACGACCUACUGGUUUCGUUUCUGGAACCCUUCCACGAGAAUAACAUCUGAAAUGUUAGGGUUGUGUGACUAUACCGUCGAUGACGAUAGAAUCUAUGGUUUUAAAUAUUUUAAUUUCGUGUUUGGUUACGUCGAGUCAACUAAAACUUAUAAGGUUGUUGCUUUUCGUGUUGAAUAUGAUGAAAAGGAUAAUAAAGCUUCGGGAAAAAGCGAGGUUAAAGUUUUCAGUUUUGAUCAUAAUUGUUGGAAAAAUAUUCAAAGUUUUCCUGUGAUUCCUCUUAAUUUGUUGGGUAUUUGUAAUCAUCGUCGUAGUGCUGGUGUGCAUUUGAGUGGCACUGUUAACUGGUUGGCUCUUCGCGAUCAUUUAUAUCCUUCUUAUGCAUACAGCUUAAUUACCAGUGUCCAGCAAUUUGUGAUUGUUUCGCUUGAUCUUUCGACCGAGAAGUACACACAAUUUCUGUUGCCUUUGGGAUUUGAUGAAGUGCCAUUUAUUCCGCCAAUUCUUAGUGUUCUGAGGGACUGUCUUUGUUUUUCUUAUGAUUCCAAUAAAACCGAAUUUGUUUUAUGGCAGAUGAAGGAGUAUGGGGUUCAUGAGUCUUGGACUCCAUUGCUUAGUAUUAGCUAUCGGAAUAUAAAAACAAAUUACAUUCAUGAUGAUUUUCAAAUGACAUGCCUUUAUAUGAAUGAUGAUAAGGCAGUAUUUGCAUUUGGCGAUCGUCACUGGGCAGUUAUAUAUAAUAUGAGAGAUAAAAUUAUGGAGGUAGUUGAAGUUGUCAACAAAGAUAUAGACUGGUUCUCUGGUGCAAAGGAUUUUGUAGAAAGUUUGGUUUCGGUUAGUUGAAAAUUUGCAUCCCCAAAUACAAGCACAUUGGACAUUCUUUAUGGAGAGAUAAUUGGAGAUACAAAGGAAGGUGAAAGGCAUUUGAUAUCAUUAGAGGAAGAUGAUGGAUGAGACAAUCAGUUAGUUAGAUUACUUACAAGGAUCCAAGCAUAAGAAUUAGGAAAUAGAAAAAAAAUACAUUUUCCAUUUUCUUAGAUGCUAUAAUGCUAAGGGGCUGAACAUCUGAUCUUUGUGCUGGAAUGAUUUUGUCAUAUUGUUUCAUGACUUAGAUGUUGAAUUACUUUGAUUUUCAUUUAUGAUAUGUCAACUUAUAUAUUGGUUUAUGUAGGUUAUUGGACCAAACUUUGUAAUCAAUUCUUGUGUUUCAUUCUCCUCUCCCAAUCUUGAUUGAAAUUUCUUUGUUGA